CAAUAUCUACCUCUCCCCCUACUACUCCGUACUUUUACCCUACUCCGUCUACUAGUACUCAUCCGGGUUCAUUAAUUCCAAAUUGUCUUAGCCUCCACAGCUCUUGCCCCACUAUCCUUACCCGUGAGUUGUUUCUCCAGCUUCACUUCCUUUCUUCUGUCUCUCUCCUGUCUCGGUCUCUCCAUCUCCCUCUUCCACAUUUCUACCUGUGAGCUUCCCGGUCUCUCGGAAUCUGGACACCUACCGGUCAUAUUGUCAUAUUCCUCUGCUUCUCUUCUCUACACUGUCGCCUUAGAGCUUGAGCGCCAAUUUACUUGCGCAAACGAAACCUCAGCGUUCUAACCCAGUCGACAUGGGACAGCAGAACCCUCCCGCGGGAGGAUCUCGAAAGAUCUCCUUCAAUGUAUCCGAUCAAUAUGAAAUCCAAGAUGUCAUUGGCGAAGGUGCCUACGGAGUUGUUUGCUCUGCCAUUCAUAAGCCCUCGGGUCAGAAGGUUGCCAUCAAGAAGAUCACACCAUUCGACCACUCCAUGUUCUGCCUGCGUACACUGCGAGAAAUGAAGCUGCUGCGAUACUUUAACCACGAAAACAUUAUCUCCAUCCUGGACAUUCAACGACCCCGCAACUACGAGGGAUUCAACGAAGUUUAUCUGAUUCAAGAGCUGAUGGAAACGGACAUGCAUCGCGUUAUCCGCACACAAGAUCUCUCCGACGACCACUGCCAAUACUUCAUCUACCAGACCCUGCGAGCUCUCAAAGCUAUGCACUCCGCCAACGUUCUCCACCGAGACCUCAAGCCCUCCAACCUCCUGCUCAACGCCAAUUGCGAUUUGAAAGUCUGCGACUUCGGUCUGGCACGUUCGGCCGCUUCCACCGACGACAAUUCCGGAUUCAUGACAGAAUAUGUGGCUACGCGCUGGUACCGUGCGCCCGAAAUCAUGUUGACAUUCAAGGAAUACACCAAGGCCAUUGACGUGUGGAGUGUCGGCUGCAUAUUGGCCGAGAUGCUGAGCGGGAAGCCUCUAUUCCCUGGAAAGGAUUAUCACCACCAGUUGACCCUUAUCCUGGACGUCCUCGGCACACCCACUAUGGAAGAUUACUACGGCAUCAAAUCCCGCCGUGCCCGUGAAUACAUCCGCUCCUCCCCUUUAAGAAGAAGAUUCCCUUCCGCGCCCUCUUCCCCAAGAGCAACGACCUGGCAUUGGACCUGCUCGAGAAACUACUCGCCUUCAACCCAGCCAAGCGAUGCCCUGCGCCAUCCCUACCUCGAACCAUACCACGAUCCCGAUGAUGAGCCAACUGCGCCACCUAUUCCCGAUGGAUUCUUUGAUUUCGACAAGAACAAGGAUGCGCUGAGCAAGGAGCAGUUGAAGGUCUUGAUCUACGAGGAAAUCAUGCGGUAAAUUCGGUUAUUCGAAUCGAUCUAUCGAGUAUGUCAGAGUCAUUCUAUUCUAUUGUGCACGCACUUUGACUUGAGGCGUGUAAUUUGAUAUCAUGUUAGAGGUAGCAGGGCCACUCCCAAUAUGAUCAUUCAAGUAACCGUAUCCAUGUAAG